UGAGUAGUUGAGGCGUAUUACGGUGCGAUCGUUUCACUCUAGUGCGUUAAUUCGUAGUCACUAGUUACUACGUAUUCACUACUCAGUGGUCAGUGUGCGUGCCUACGACUUAACAGUCAUUGAUAAUAUUGUCGUGAUCCCGUCCGUUUAUAAUAUUCACAUACGGCGAGCAUUUUAAAACAAUAUUAUGUCAUAGAUAUAACUCCACACAUAAUAUCGUAUAUAAUAUUAUUAAAAUAAUAUUAUGUCAAUAUUGGAAGAACGUUGCCCCACUCCGGCCUAGAUCUUAAGGGCCCGCCACCUACUUGACUGCCUACGCUCGCGUAUUCCAUUUCAGACUUGUAUAGUCGUUAAUCGUUGUUUCACGGUUGCGUUGACCGUCAUGUGUUUCGCGGAGUGCGGACAUCGUCGUCAAUGGCAUUUCGAGAAGCUGUUGUGCAUACGUCUCGUCGUCUCGUAGACGUCCACCGAGUACCAAGAAGACGAUAUUAAUACACGAUAUCGUCAGUUAUUUUGGUAUUACGUCGAAGCUUUGCGAUUGUUUACCGGCUUCGGUGCAAUGUCCGUCACCGUACAGCAGAUAUUGUCCGACGCCAAGCGAUUGGCGUCCAAACUUAAAGAACACGACACAGCAGCAGAUGCGUUGUUGUCUCAAGCCCAGUUCGCCUACAAGAAAAUCGACGCUAUGAAACAAUAUACAGAUGAUUUGUCUGAACUCAACGACAUGGAAGAAGGAGGUCUGCCACAUGAAGAACUGGUCAAUUCGAUACGCACCGAGAGUCGGCAGCUACAAGAGAUUGUACGAGAAAAUCGAAUAUUAAGAGCAAUGGUUGCUGAACACCAGACUGCACUCGAGAUGAUCAUGAGCAAGUAUAGAUCACAGGUUUCACAUCUUGUUGCCCAAACCAGUGCUGACCAGCUUGUUAACAAUCUCACAGCGAAGACAAUAGAAGAGAAAAACACUUUGAUAGUUCAACAGGAGGAGCGUAUCAAAGAAAUGAUGGCUGUCAUGAGUCUCGCCUCUCGUCUAGAAGCCGAAGAAGCUAGUAAAAAGGAAGAAACUAUUGGGAGGUUACAAACUGAAAACCAAACACUUAGAAAACUAUUGAAAAUAUCCAGUGAUCUGUCCACAGAAAAAGAACCAGAUACGAUUUUGGAAUCUACGAAACACAAACAAAUCAUGAACACAAUCAUUUGGACUUAAAUUUAGAUAAUAAUAAAAUAAUUUUGAAGAAAAAAACAUACAUUAACAUAUAACAUAAUAUUAUAUUCAUAUAUUCAAAUCAGGAACAAUGUUGUGUCAUCAUCGUGUAUAUUGUGAGGGAAAACUAAAUGUAUGAGAUCCGAUGGCACCCACAAUUGGCAGUCGCCCCACAUUUGGUAUGAUGUUGUAGGACAGGGUUAGAGUCACGUUUUUAUUUCCUCUGUAAAACAUUAUAAUUAUAACUGAAUUAUCUACUUUUAUCAUAAUUUUAAUCUAUAUUCUUAUAUAAUUAAUGAAGAGAACAAAUCUGAAUGCAAAUUUAAUGGUAGAAAUAAUUAACAAUUAUAAAAAUGAUUAGUUUAAGCAAUGAUUUUCAUAACAUAAGUAUAAAAAUUUUAUUUAUUGUCAGUAUAGUAUGCUAUUAUAACAUUUUUAAGUAUUAUUUAUACAAUGACAUACUAUCCUGUGAUUUUAACUUGUAACAACUAAGAAUGAAAUUUUUAAAACUAAUAUAAACUAUAUUGUCCAAUUGAUUAUUGAAAAUCAAAAUUAAAAUUUGAUUAGUGCAUAUUACAUUAUAUACUAAUAUACCUAACAAUGUAUUUGUUAUCUGUUUCUUAGUGAUAAAUUAGACUUAAGUAUUUUUAUGUAAAAACAAAUAUAUAUGUUAUAUAUACUUUU